AUGCAUCGAUUCGGCGGCGGCAUAUCCGCCUUGGAACGGCACAAACAGGCUCAACGCUCCUUCGCCGAACUCUCCUCUGAAAUCUCCCAAACACAAAUAUCCAACCUCCAGGCCCAGCUCGCCCACUUCCGCAAAGCGCUCGCCCAGUUCGCCUCCACCCACCGCGACAAGAUCGCCAAGGACCCCUCCUUCCGGCACGCCUUCCAGCAAAUGUGCUCCUCCAUCGGCGUCGACCCGCUCGCGGGCCCGCGCCGCGGCGGCUGGUGGGCCGAGCUCACCGGCAUCGGCGACUGGCAGCACGAGCUCGGCGUGCAGAUCGUCGACGUCUGCGUCAGCACGCGCGAGCGCAACGGCGGCCUCAUCGACCUCGCCGAGCUCAUUCGCCUCGUGAGCAGGCUGCGCGGGCCCGGCGGGCAGGUCACCGAGGACGACGUCGCGCGCAGCAUCAAGACGCUCGAGCCGCUCGGCGCGGGCUACCAGGUUGUCGACGUCGGCGGGGGAAGGAAGAUGGUCAGAAGCGUGGUCAAGGAGCUGGACGACGACCAGAUGGUCGUCAUCGCUGUCGCGCAGGACGGUGGCGGGAGGGUCGAGGUGGACGGGCUUGUGGAGAAGAGGGGGUGGACGGUCGAGCGGGCCAGGGCGGCGUUGGAGAAUAUGCUACUCAGGGACGGUCUUUGCUGGCUGGACGAACAGGACGAGAGCUGCCCGCAAGUGUACUGGGUCCCUUCGGCCAUGCAGUGGGACGAGUGAGCUCCAGGGCUCUACACAAGUUCCUUACCCACAGACUUUGCCUUGGACUGCUCUCUCAACUCGCUCCGGAAACUGCCUCCCGCUCAAUCCUGGCCGCAUAUUCCGACAUUCAUUCCCCACGAGCCUCAGUGCCGACUCUUCUCCCUACGACUGUGUCUGUGUCCGGAUAUGUUAUUGUCUCCACCCAGUGCGGUACUGACCGUCUUCGAGCUGUAACCUCAGGACGUACUCAGUCUGUCCACCCAAGGCAGCACUUCAUCCUCCACGAAGAGCUACCACUCUGUUUACUCCGGGUAUGC